AUGUGGGCCCCCGCCGCGCGCGACGGGCACUUCAUCCUCCGCAACGUCGCCUCCAACGCGCUGCUCGCCGCCUCGCGCUCGCGGCGCGGCUACGUCGACACGAUGCCCGCCUCCGCGCGCGCCGACGCCGCGUGCCACUGGCGCCUGCUCGACGCCUCCACCAACGCGCACGUCCGCGUGCUCUACGACAGCGGGCUCUCCAUCCUACCUUCGGAACUCGCCUCCCCGUCCCCCUCCCCCUCUUCCUCUUCCGGGUCGCUUUCGAAUUCGAUGCCGAUGCCGCUCGAGCUCCGCACGGGCCUCGCGUCGCCCGAGACGCGGCUGGCGAUGCUGAACAGCUUUGCGCAGGAGCACGAUACGGUGCGCGCGAUGCUGCUCGAGGGGUUCCGGGCGCUGAUUGUUGCGCCGAGGAUGGUGUGUGGGUGGAGGGAUGGGGUCGUGAAGAGGGUUGUUGUGAGGGAUGAGGAGGCGGAGUUUGGGUAUAGGGGUGGGAGGAGUAUGAAUCCUUGUGAGCCGCGAUGA